AUGCGCCUGCGCCAGGCACCUCUCCACAACUUUAGCAAUCACGAAAAGGCUGCAUCCCAGCGCGACAACGCGACAUCCUUGCUCAGUCCCAAGACCUUUGAUUUUGAUCGCCGUGAGAGUGUGUCCCGCUUGAGUCACGCCAAAAGCAAGCAAACCGAGCAAGAGUUGAAGCGCUUCACAUCCUCUGUGCCGGAUCACAUUGAGUCGCAAGGAACGGAAGUGCCCUUAUUUAGCUCCACCUGCAGGAUGGUCUGUCUGAUGGACACCAUGCGUGGCAUCUUUGCCAUCAACCGGACCUCUAUCAUGUUUCAUGCUGAGCUGCGCGAUCUAGAGGCACUGCCCAUCGCCGUGGGGGAAGACAUGCCGGCUGAUUUCCAGUGGCCCAUUACUCAACUGCGAGAGGUGCAUCUGCGGCGCUACAAUCUGCGUUCAACCGCUCUCGAGUUGUUUUUCAUUGAUCAGACAAACUUUUUCUUCGACUUUGAUGAGGGCAUGCGGGACCAGGUCCAUCAGGUCUUGAUCUCGCUCAAGCCACCUCGCCUCACAUUUGGGGCGCGCAUGAUCGCUCCUGGGGCUCUCUUGACCGAGUCGGGGUUGACUGAGCGUUGGUGCCGACGUCAAAUCAGCAACUUUGAUUACUUGAUGAUGCUCAACACAAUUGCUGGGCGUUCUUUCAACGACCUGAACCAGUAUCCAGUCUUCCCCUGGAUCUUGGCCGACUAUAGCAGCGAUAUGCUGGACCUGAGCGACCCGGCCACGUUUCGCGAUCUGACCAAACCCGUGGGUGCGCUCAAUGCUAGACGCGCCGACCAGGUGAAGAUGAUGUUUGACGAUUUUGUCGAUCCAUCAGGCCUGGUGGCCAAGUUUCACUACGGCACCCAUUACAGCAAUGCGGCUGGAGUUUUACAUUAUCUCAUUCGCAUGGAGCCUUUUACUUCCCUUCACAUCAAUCUGCAGAGUGGCAAGUUUGAUCACGCUGAUCGCCAGUUUAUCAGCUUUUCAACAACAUAUCAGUCGAUCGUGGACGGCACGGGCGAUGUCAAAGAGCUGAUUCCCGAUUUGUUCUGUUUACCCGAGAGCCUUAUGAAUCGUGAGGGCUUUGAUCUCGGCUGUUUGCAAAACGGCCAGCGUGUGCACCACGUCGAUUUGCCUCCGUGGGCACGGAGUCCCUUCGAUUUCAUUCAAAAGCACCGCGCUGCGUUGGAGAGUGAGCACGUGUCGCAACAGCUGCAUCAUUGGAUUGACUUGAUUUUUGGAUACAAACAACGCGGCAAAGCCGCAGAGGAGGCCUUAAAUGUCUUUUACUACACCUCCUAUGAAGGUGCCAUUGAUCUCUCAAAGUGCGAAACGGAGGCGGAGGUUCGUGCCCAGGAGGGCAUGGUGCGUGAGUUUGGCCAGACACCCAGCCAACUCUUGACGAGUCCUCAUCCGGCUCGCAUGGGGAAGGCCGAAGACUUGGAUCGGUCACGACUGAGUAACGACUUGCAAGUGGGCAGCUCAGCGCUGUUCGAAGACUUGAAGCAUCUCAAAGCCUACUUUGUGGCGCAGACCGUUACCAAUGUGCCCAUUGUGGUGGCUCCCCCGCGGACGGGAAAUGCCAAGUCGUGGCUGACUCGAGGCCUUGUGCAGCGCCUCGUCACCCUCUCCAACAACGGCGCGAUAGCUGUACACGGUUGGGUCAACGGGCCGCAGGGUCUGCCCGAGCUCGAGCCCGAUACGACACCGGCGGCCAAACAGCUUAGCGACUUGCGUGCUUGGCUUGAGCCUGGCAACACGCUCAGCAAUAACAACGUGGAUUUGACGCGUGACAGCCAAUUUGCACUGGUCGGUGGUUCAUGGGAUCAUCACUUGAAACUUAUCUCCGUGGCCACGCGCCGCGUUGUGUACAGCGCCCGCGGGCAUCGUGACAUCAUCAGCUGCGUGGCUCUCGAUGCCAACGAUCGAACAUGCGCUUCGGGUUGUGUCGAUGGCACAGUCAUGGUGUGGACGUUGCACCGGUUCAAAGCUACGGCCUCUGGCGCGGCGUCAGCGCUAGGCAUGCACAAUAAUGGCGGCAUGGCUUGCGUACUGGCGGGGCCACAUCACACCCUUGUUGGCCAUGACGGUCCCAUCACGGCCCUCUGCCUUCAGGAGGAGCUGGACCUGCUUCUGACGGCGGCCGGUGACGCGACCUGCAACUUAUACUCUAUUCGUCAAGGCCUGUACCUGCGCACCCUUGACUUUCGUGCUCUGAAACCUGCCCUCCAUCCGAUCGGUUGUUUGGGUGAUCUUGUGUUUUGA